AUGGUAAAGGAGGAAUGGAGGAGCCUCGGGAAGAUUCAGUUCAUGGAUAAAUUGAAGGCUAUGACGGUCCCGCUGGGGAGAUGGCAUAAAGAGCAGUUUGGAGAUCUGGACAUAAGGAUUGACAAGUUUGAGGAGGAGAUCAGGAAGGUAGAUGAUAUGGUGAGUCAUGGAGUAUAUGAUGGAACAAUGGAGGCGAGAAGGAAGGCGCUUGUGAGCUCUUGUAAGAAAUGGUAUAUCAGAAAGGAAAUCCAUUGGAAGCAGAUGUCACGGUCUAGGCAUGCUAAGGAGAUGGAUAAAAACACUAGGUACUUCCACAAUCUCGCAUCGGCUCGUAGGAGGAACAAUCGGAUUGAAGCUUUACGGAUCCAUGGGAGAGUAGUAAGGAAUCAAGCACGGAUCAAGGUAGCUAUAAGAGAUUUCUUUAAAGAGUUGUAUCACCAGGAACCUUCACCUAAUAUUGGGAUCCGGGAUGGGCUGGUUAGGCGAAUAACUGGGGAGGAGGCAGCAGAGCUGGAGUUGAUGCCAAGUGCAGAAGAAAUAAAGGCUGCAGUGUGGGAUUGUGAGUCUUCAAAAGCUCCUCGAAGUGAUGAGUUUAACAUGAAUUUCAUUAGGAAGUGUUGGGUAGAGAUUGGAAGGGAGUUCACGGAAGCAGUGUUGGGGUUCUUCCAAUCAGCUAUGAUACCUAGGGGCUCGAACAUCACUUGGGUGGCGCUGGCACCGAAGUUUGUCGGAGCUACAUAG